AUGCUGAUUCUCUUAUUAGCUGCAAUUAUUGCUGUCAUACUUGUUGUUACACAAGCUACCAGCAGCGCAUUUUGUUGGAAUUCAACGGCUACAACUGUGGCAGGGAGGGUUGGUGUGUCAGAUGAUGCUGCCAAUCGACUUGAUCGCCCUUUCGGUGUCGCAUUGGAUUCAUCAAAUGCACUUUAUAUUUCCGAUCAAACUAAUAAUCGAGUUCAGAAAUGGUUAGCCGGUGCAUCAACGGGUACAACAGUGGCAGGUCAAGCAAGUGCAGUAGCAGGAACGACUUCAGAUAGCUUAGAUGCACCUAGCGGUGUUUUACUCGAUUCAAGUGGCAACAUCUAUGUGGCCGAUACCAACAACAAUCGCGUUCAGUACUGGCUUCAAGGUGCAUCUUCAGGCACGACGAUUGUCGGCGUUACAGGUUCUGCUGGCUCAGGAAACAAUGAACUAACGAAUCCGUAUGGUAUUGCACGAGAUCCAAGUUCGGGUACACUAUACAUAGCAGAUCAGAGCAACCAUAGAGUGAUGAGCUAUAUAGCAGGUGCAUCAUCAGGAACUGUAGUAGCUGGAGGCAAUGGUCUAGGAACAGCUAACACACAGCUCAAGUAUCCAGUGGGUAUCUACUUCGAUGCAUCGUCAAACAGUCUCAUUAUUGCUAAUACUGGUGCUAAUAAUAUCGUUCGUUGGGCAUUGGGUGCUAGUAGUUGGACACUUAUCGCUGGUAGCAUAAACGGAACGCGUGGUAGUAAUGCAACAUUACUUAACUAUCCAGUAGGCGUGACAAUGGAUCCCAUGGGCAAUACAUACGUAGCCGAUAGAAAUAAUCAUCGAAUCCAACUGUUUUUGGCUGGUCAAUCCAUUGGAAUGACGAUUGCUGGUGUCACGAAUGCAACUGGAACUAGCUCUACCUUACUUAAUAAUCCUUAUUCGAUGGUAUUUGAUGCUCAACUUAAUUUGUACGUGGCUGAUACAUAUAAUCAUCGAAUACAAAAGUUCAUGCAUUGUUAA